GUGUUUCCUAUUAUCGAAGUUUUUUUGCAUUGUUUGGAGCAGUUUGGAGGAAGUUUUGCGUGUUUCUUGCUUCAAUUUGAAGCCUUCUCGUUAAAAUCUCAGCAUUUUGCUGAAAUUCAUAACAAGGUAAAGCCGUUUUUGUUCAAAUCGUAAUAAAAGUUUGUAAAUGGUCUUGUUAACGGGAGUAGGUAAGCAGUUAUUUCUGGGUAAGUAAAAAACAACAAAACUCCAACGGUAAACUAACAACUUUUGAAGGAAUCGCUCUCUAAACCGUUGCUCUAAUUCAGUCUCUUUGUUUUGAAAAUAUAGAGCAAACAGAAAAUUCUCUAUUAACCAUAUUAAUUAGUAAGAAUCGACUAAUAAAUAACAAAAAAAAAAAAUGGAGAUGGAAACCACAACAUCCACCACAAAGCUUAUUGCACCUGAUGUCUCGAAAGACAAUUUUGUUUCCGAUAAUAAUAUGGCUGGUUUCGUAGCAGACGAUAGUUGCGAAUUUGAAUCGCCGGAACAUUCGUGCGUAGAGUCAAUAGGACGUAGCGAUGGAGAUGAUGAAGAUGAGGACAUUAUUUUCCAAGAGGUCAAAAUGAUAUUGCGUAAGCGCCGUGGCUGGGGACCCGAAGAUUCGCUAAGUACUAAUGAUAUAGAUUUGCUCGAAUAUGAUGAUGAGUUAGUGGAGGAAGACGAUGCAGGAUGUCCUUUGCCUUCUACGCCUGAGGAUACACAACUCAUUGAGGCUGAGAUGACCGAAGUGCUAAAGGCUGGUGUUUUAUCAGAUGAGAUUGACUUGGGUGCAUUGGCCCACAAUGCUGCCGAGCAGGCUGAAGAGUUCGUCCGUAGGGUAUGGGAAGCUAGCUGGAUUGUGUGUCACUAUAAAAAUUUACCCAAGUGGCUGCAAGAUAAUGACUUUCUACACCGCGGCCAUCGUCCGCCACUGCCCUCGUUCAGUGCCUGUUUUAAGUCCAUAUUUCGUGUCCAUACUGAAACAGGCAAUAUUUGGACACACUUGCUGGGCUGUGUAGCCUUUAUUGGUGUGGCUCUGUACUUUUUGUCUCGCCCUUCUGUCGAGAUACAAGUACAAGAAAAAAUUAUAUUUGGUGCCUUCUUUGCUGGCGCCAUCAUUUGCCUGGGCUUCUCAUUCGCAUUUCACACGCUUAGCUGUCAUUCGGUGGAGAUUGGAAGACUGUUUUCAAAAUUAGACUAUUGUGGAAUUGCAUUACUCAUAAUGGGUUCGUUUGUACCCUGGUUGUAUUAUGGGUUCUAUUGUCAUUAUCAGCCUAAAGUGAUCUACUUAUCAGUAGUAUGUGUAUUGGGCACUCUAUCAAUUAUUGUUUCGCUGUGGGAUAAAUUCUCUGAACCUGCCUUGCGACCUCUCCGCGCUGGAGUCUUCAUGAGUUUCGGUCUUUCAGGCAUAAUACCAGCUAUUCAUUACAGUCUCAUGGAGGGUUGGUUCAGUCAAAUUAGUCAGGCCAGUUUGGGUUGGUUAAUUUUAAUGGGCCUGCUUUAUAUACUUGGUGCACUUUUGUAUGCAUUGCGAGUACCGGAGAGAUGGUUCCCAGGCAAAUUUGAUAUAUGGUUCCAAUCGCAUCAGUUGUUCCACAUACUCGUCAUUGCGGCAGCAUUUGUGCACUAUCAUGGAAUAUCCGAAAUGGCGAUGUAUCGUGUUACAGUAGGCGAAUGCACCGUACCUCACGAACCAAUUACUUUUUAAGCGGAAAGGCAGGAAGGCAUACCAAUUUUAAAGCUAAGGCAAUUGUUUCCGUGUCUAUUAAUAAUAUGUGUUAACAACAUCAACAUCACAGAAUUGGCUGCAGGCAGUAAAAAGAGGAGAUUUUAUGAACGAAUUGCAGAAGCUGAAAGUUAUUAAAUAUAUUCGUAACAUUCAAAAAAUACAUUAUAAUAAAUCAUUUAAAAUUAGCGGACUCAAAAUAGAAAAAAUAAAUAUAAAACAUAUA